CAUAUUUGGUAAAGAGGCCUUCAAGCACUCAAUGGUGAUCAUUACUCACAAGGAAGUUGCAGGAAAUCCUCAUCUGAGUCAAAUGAUUAAAGAAUGUGGAGGAAGGCUUCAUGAAAUAUAUACACAAGGAAGUGACCACAAAGAGUUAACUGAAAAGAUAGAAAAGAUGGUAGAGGAGAAUGAAUGGAGAUACCUCACCUCCAAUGAAGAGACGACACAUGAUACCAUGACACCAAAGGCUCAGAGACUGAACGUGGUGCUGUGUGGCAGAAGAGGAGCUGGGAAGACUUCUAUAGCCAAUGCCAUACUGGGUCAGACAGAGUCCAGUCCAAAGUCCAGCUCCUCCUCAGUGUGUGUGAAGAGAGAAGGAGAGGUGUGUGGUCGGCCGGUCACCCUCAUCGAGCUGCCCGCUCUGUAUGGAACACAUCUCACUCAGGAGGAAGUGAUGCGUGAGACUUUCCGCUGUGUCUCUCUCUGUGACUCUGGAGUCCAUGCUUUCCUCCUGGUCGUACCUUUUGGUCCACUCACUGAUGAAGACAAAGGAGAGUUCGAGACCAUCCAGAAGAUUCUCAGCUCACGAGUCAAUGACUUUGCCAUGGUCCUGUUUAGACAGGAUUACAUUCCAGUUGAUAAAACUGCAGUUGACUUUGUGGAACAAAAUGCAGACACAAAGCAAUUGAUCAAGAUAUGCGGAGGGCGGUAUAAAAUCUUUGAUGCUUUGAAGAUUGAGAACGCCAAGCAGACGACAGAGCUUGUAGCAGAAAUAGUCAAAAUGAUGGAUCAAAACAAGACAUGCUACACUCUAUACAUGUAUAUGGAGGCACAGGACUUGAGGCUGGAGGCUAAGUAUCAAUCAGAACUGGACGAAAAGAACAGAACAAUCAAGGAUUUAGAGCAGAAAAUCAGCAACAUGUCAAAAGGUGCUGAAAUGGAGUGCUCCAGCACAGAGUGCGUGAGGGUGGUGCUGAUUGGGAAAACUGGGAAUGGGAAGAGCGCCUCCGCAAACACUAUCCUGGGCAGAGAUGCAUUUGAGUCGAAAUCCAGCCCUGAUUCUGUGACAACAGUUUGCAAGAAGGCAGUCAGCGAAGUUGAUGGAAGAUCAGUUGCUGUGGUGGACACACCUGGCCUUUUUGACACAAAAUUGUCUAAUAAAGAUGUUCAGCAAGAGAUAGUGAAAUGUGUUUCCCUGUCAGCUCCUGGACCCCAUGUGUUUAUCAUAGUGUUAAGAAUCGGGACAAUGACACAAGAGGAGCUGGACACUUUGGACCUCAUAGAGACAACCUUUGGUCCACAGGCAGGAAUGUUUUGCUUAGUUCUGUUUACUAGAGGAGAUGACUUGGAAACAAUGUCGAUUCAAGAUUACAUUGGGAAAAGCACGAAUGCCAAACUGAAAAAACUGAUCAGAGAUUGUGGAGACAGACUCCAUGCCUUCAACAACAGAGUUGAAGAUGACCGCACACAGGUCAGUGAGCUUCUUAAGAAGAUUAACGAAAUGGUGUCCACGAACAAGGGCCGUUUCUACACCAAUGAGAUGUUCCAGGAGGCAGUGGCAGCCAUUAAACAGAAACAGGAAGCAAUACUGAAGGAGAGAGAGAUGGAGAUUAAGGCUGACAUGGAGAAACUGAAGGUCAGCCAUGAAACAGACAUGGAAAAUAUGAAGUCAAAGUUGGAAGAAGAGAGAUUGAAAGUUCAGGAGGAAAGACAGCUGAGAGAAAACAUGUUGAGAGAGCGAGAGGAAGCUAUUAGAAAAGAGCAUGAAGAAAAGGAGAAAGCAGAGAAGGAAGAAAGAGAGUUGAAGGACAAGAAAAAGAAAGAAGAUGAGAAGUUGAAAAAAGAAAUCUGGGACACAGAAAAAGAGAAGAUGGAAAAAGAGAUACAAAUUCAGAAAAAAAAAGAAAAGAAGAGAAAGACAGAGAAGAACGGCUCAUAA